UGCAUUUGCCGAUAAUGAGCCAAAAUAUUUAAUAUAAAUGCAGUUUAACUUUUAUUAUUAUUUGUAACACUUAUUACUUACUAUUAAAAUAAACAAAUUAUAUAGGGAAUUCGAUACAUAUUGUAAUUUGUAAACAAUUACCAUAGUAAUAGAUCCAUAAUCAUUAUAUGUUUAAGUAAAGAGUACGAACUAAAUAUAGAAAAACUGUUGAAACGAAGUAACAUUUGAACGUUAUUUUUUAACAUUUAUUUAUUAAUCGUAAUAAAACUCCACCAAAAUUAGUUACUACCCCAAAUACGACAUUAUUUCCGCCAUGGCUAAGCCAGUGCUGUAUUCAUACUGGCGAAGCUCAUGCUCUUGGCGUGUUCGUAUCGCAUUAAAUCUGAAAGAAAUACCUUAUGACAUAAAAGCAGUUAGUUUGAUAAAAGGUGGUGGAGAACAACACUGCAAUGAAUAUAGAGAGGUGAAUCCAAUGGAACAAGUUCCUUCUCUAGUUAUAGAUGGCCAUACAUUAAUAGAAUCUCUAAGUGUUAUGCAUUAUUUGGAGGAAACCAGACCUCAAAGAUCUCUUAUGCCACAGGACUGUUAUAAGAGAGCAAAAGUUAGAGAGAUUUGUGAGGUAAUAUCAUCAGGAAUUCAACCACUACAGAACCUAAUAGUUCUUAUCCAUGUUGGUGAAGAGAAAAAGAAGGAAUGGGCUCAGCACUGGAUAACAAGGGGAUUUCGAGCUGUUGAAAAAAUUUUAUCCUCUGUUGCUGGAAAGUACUGUGUCGGAGAUGAGAUUAGCUUGGCAGAUUGUUGUCUGAUACCUCAAGUUUUUAACGCCAGAAGAUUUCAUGUAGACCUUCGUCCAUUCCCAAUUAUCUUACGUAUUGAUCGAGAAUUGGAGAAUCAUCCUGCUUUUCGCGCCGCACACCCGUCAGCUCAGCCAGACUGUCCUCCAGAAGCUGCUAAAUAAUAAAUGAUAAAUAGUUCAGAUUUUAUGUUAACAUUCCAUUGUUUAUUGGUAGACAUUAAUUCUUGGAGUGGCACAGAUGGUUAGCAUUUCAGGUAGUCAUGUAUAUAUUAAAUCAUUAAAUUUAUUAAGUCAGUUAUUAUUCACGCCAUCAUAUAAUUUAAAUCUUUUGUUAUAAAUCUAGUUAUAUUGUGUACAAUCAAUAUUUAUAUAUUAGACUUAUUGAUCGAGUGGUCUAUCUUUGAUAGCUUCAUUUCAUUUAUGUUAUUGAUAUAUAGCCAAAAGAAAACUUAACAUUGAUUAUAUGUCCUAAUAGGUAAUAAGGUUUCAAAAGUGUCUAUUAGUUGAAAACCACUAAAUCUGGAAAGCUUGUAAGAUUUCAUAAGUUUUUUUAGAAAAAUG